AUGCCUCGAAAAGGAAUUGAGGUUCCUUCUGUUCCACAGGGGCAGGCAGCUCCACGGACAAAGCCACGUCCGCCUCCACCACCCUUCUACCUUCCCUUGAACGUCACACUUUACGUCUGCCUCAUAUCGAACGGAAUCGCCGCUUUCCUCGCACCAAUUCAAGAUUGUGAUGAGGUCUUCAACUUCUGGGAGCCGACUCACUACCUAGACCACGGGUACGGGCUCCAAACCUGGGAAUACUCGCCCGUAUAUUCAAUCCGCAGCUGGUUAUACAUCACGCUUCAUGGAAUUGUCGGCAAGAUCGGCUCCUUAGUAGUUGGUAGUAAAUCCUCUGAAUUCUACUUCAUUCGGUUCUCCCUAGCUAUGAUAUGCGCAGCGUGUGAAACACGGCUAUACUCCGCCAUUUGUCGUACAUUGAGCCCCAGGAUCGGGCUGCUGUUUCUCAUGAUUGUCGCAUUCAGUCCAGGCAUGUUCCACGCCUCAGCCGCCUUUCUUCCAUCUAGCUUUACCAUGUAUGCGUCCAUGCUGGGCCUUGCUUCCUUUUUGGACUGGAGAGGUGGGCAGAAGACAGCACAAGGGAUUAUGUGGUUUGGGAUUGGUGCGAUCGUUGGGUGGCCUUUUGCUGGAGCUUUAUUGCUCCCUCUUCUUUUCGAAGAGAUUGUUAUCGGUUAUCUUUCUAAAAACAUGCAGAAGGUCUUUUCUGACGUUCUGAAUGGGGUUCUCAGGUGCUUGGCGAUACUGGCCGCAGAAAUCGCCGUCGACUUCGCCUUCCUCCGCAAGCUUACUGUCGUGCCGUGGAAUAUAGUCGCCUAUAACAUAUUCGGAGGUGAAGGUAGAGGGCCUGAGAUCUUUGGUACAGAACCUUGGACGUUCUAUGUCAGGAAUCUGCUCCUGAAUUUCAACGUCUGGUUUAUAUUCGCGGUCUCAGCUGGUCCACUGCUGCUCUUGCAGGCCAUAUUCCGCGCUCGGGCGACAAACUCUGAGACCUUGCUCAGAACCGUAACCCUUUUGUCUCCGUUUUACAUGUGGCUUGGGAUCUUCACCCUACAAGCUCACAAAGAGGAAAGAUUCAUGUACCCGGCAUAUCCGUUUCUUGCCCUCAAUGCGGCGAUCGCUUUUCAUAUGAUUCUCUCAUACAUCGGCUCGAGUAACCCGAAAGAGCUGAUAGGGCGAGUCCCCGCAAAAUUAAAGCUUGCAGGAGUGAUGUCUGUUAUCUUGCUUGCCAUAAACAGCGGGCUACUAAGGACCCUAGGGAUGAUUACCGCUUAUAAUGCCCCCCUGAAAGUCCUGCAGCCAUUGGAGCAGUCAGAGAUAGCUCAGCCGGGCGAUACGGUUUGCUUUGGUAAAGAAUGGUAUCGCUUUCCUUCGUCUUUCUUUCUACCCGAUGGCAUGCGAGCCAAAUUUAUCCAAAGCGAGUUUCGUGGUCUGCUCCCUGGCGAGUUCCAAGACGCUCCAAGCUAUUCGGCCCUGCUUGAGGGUACCUCCCGGGUACCGGAAGGUAUGAAUGACCGCAAUAAAGAGGACACGGGGAAAUACACCGACAUCUCACAAUGCUCCUUCUUGGUUGACUCCCACUUCCCCGGUCGCGAAGCCACAGCGCUGGAACCCAAUUACUUGCAAGACAAGGCGCAGUGGGACGAGAUCUCCUGCGCAUCGUUCCUUGACGCUUCUCAAACGGACCUUUUGGGUCGUCUCAUCUGGGUUCCUGAUCUGCCGAUCAUCCCAGAUCAAUUCCGCAGAAGUUGGGGCCAAUACUGCCUACUACGGCGGCGCACCUCGGACUCUGAGUCGGAGUUAGUAUAG